GAUAUGCUUUAUCGUUGCCAGUUACUGAGAAAGAUUUUAUGUUUAUAUUUCAUUCAGCGUAACUAGCUGAGUAACUCGGACUUUGGUAGAAAAACUAAGAACCUUUCGAUUUCGAGGCACGAAUUUUGAGCUCACGUAGCUAUCGCGUAUUGCUACAGUACGACGUGAGCCUUUAGUUGUGAUUUUCCGCAAUUUGUUUCAAGAUCUUACGGGUAGGAUUCCACAUUAUAUGUUUCAUCCUGUGUUCCAGUUGAACAGUCCUUUGUAUUCAAGCAUAUAGUAAUGGGGAACUCUGCAUCUGGGAAGCGGGACAGGGCAUAUUCAUCAGACACUGAUUGUACUCCAUCUUCUCCAGGUAGAGAAGACAAAGCAUUUGAAUUUGGAAAGAAAAACAAAUUCUUGUAUCAACCUUCUCUGGAAGAUAGUGAUGACUUUCCAUUAUCAUUAAAGGAGGGGGAGAUGCGUCCAAGAGCAUCCACUAUUACUUCAAGCACAAAUAUCAAUGAAACUGCACUACCAACUGUGUUUAAGUGGGAAGGUGGUGGCAAGGAUGUAUAUAUCAGUGGCAGUUUUACGCAGUGGGAGCCCUUGAAAAUGGUACACAGUCAGGACAACUUUGUACUUAUUUUGGAUGUGCCUGAAGGUGAACACCAGUAUAAAUUUUUGGUUGAUGGGCAGUGGCAACAUGACCCAAAAGAGCCUAAUGUUGAUGAGUCUGGUGGAGCCAAGAAGAACCUGAUCAAUGUCCAGAAACAGGAUUUUGAGGUUUUUGAAGCUCUUGCCAUGGACAGUGUAAACUCAGGAAGUGGUUCUCAAAAAGACAUGGCUGGGACUCCACCUGGUGAGUAUUGCCAAGAAAUUCCUCAGAGGAAUCCAUAUGAUAAGUCAGCAGGACCUCCAAUUCUUCCUCCUCAUCUGCUUCAAGUGAUUCUAAACAAAGAUAUUUCACUUUCGUGUGAACCAACUCUGCUUCCUGAACCCAACCAUGUUAUGUUAAACCAUCUGUAUGCCCUCUCCAUCAAGGAUGGUGUAAUGGUUCUCAGUGCUACCCACAGGUAUCGGAAGAAGUAUGUUACCACCUUGUUGUACAAACCUAUCUGAAGACCGAGUUUGGCAGUAGUCAUUUAUAUUGUACUUGCAUGUAUGAGAAAUUAACAUAGGAUUCAUGUUUAACAUUUUCAUGUGGAUAUUAUUAGUUAUCAAGAGAUGCAGAAACAUAUACAAGAUCAUGUGAAGUUUUGCUUGGCACAGUGUUUGGGGUUGAUUCAGUGUUUGAAUAAUGUAAUUAAUCCACAUUACAGAUUUUAUGCAGUGUUUGAAUAAUGUAAUGAAUCCACAUUACAGAUUUUAUUAAAUUUGGACUAAAGAAUAAUUCAGUCAAAUCUUAUUUUACUUCUUCGCUGUUGUAGAAAUUUCACUUCUUGGAUUCAGACUAUCUUUUAUAUAUGUAUUUUUAUUAUUUCUGCAUGUUUCCUUUUUGUUUUGAUAACACAAAGCUCAGAGUAUUACUUUGUCAGAACCUGUUUCUUUGCAAUGAAAUGCAAAUGAACAUCUUUCUGUUUAGAAAUUAAUUACAAUUUUUUUUUCUAAUACAAGAAACUUGACAUUCCUCUCGAGUAUGAUUUUUGUUUCUUAGGAUUAAGUUUUAACUUUUUAAAUAUCUAUCACAUUUAUUGUUGAUGUGUGGAUCUGUUGAAUAACAAAACACAACUUUGUAAAUCAAAUUAGUUUUAUUAACAUAAAAAUAUAUAUGAAGCACUUAUUCACCUUGUUUAUUUUCCAUGUAAAUGUUAAAAAAAAGUUUAGCAUCUUCUAUUCUAGCUUUUGAGUCAUUAUUUUAGUAUAUAAACAAUCCUUUUAAAUUUAUGCUUGAAACCAACUUGCUGAAGCUUUUUUUAUUAUGUUGCCUCUUUCUGUAACUUUCCUUGUCAACUAUGUUUACUUGACUUAAUAUAUACAUUUAAUUUAUAAACUCCAUUUUGAAUUCCAAGUGGUUUUUCUUCAACAGACGAUUCUCACAUGUGGAUAGCUUUUAAAGUAGGCUAAUCUUUAUAACAAUGUGCUAGAAUCUGUUAUAAUAGACUAAAUGUGUGUAUUUACUUACAAUUACUGAACUCUAAACUCAAUCAUAUCUUUUAAUGAUGUGGACAUCUUUUAUUGCCCUGUCACUAAAAAUGUUUAGGCAUUAUUCCUCCUGUUCCCAUUGUAUAUCCAUAUAUACCUGAAUUUUUUAAUGAAUGUACACAUAAGUUAGAUUAUUUAAACCCAACACUGGAAAGCUGAGGCAAACUGACCUUAUCAAACACAACAACACCAGAGAAAUUGAAAAUUGUAACUUUUUUGUAUUCUUACUCUGGACUUUUUUUUUAUCUGUAGAACUGCAUGUAGUGCCUAUGUGAUUUUUUAGAUUAUCAUGUAUCCAAACUGCAGUAACUUCAGUUUUGAAAAUUAUAUUGUAUAAAGGAGAAAUGCAUAUUUUCAAUAUGUAGUAAUUGAGUACUUUUAUAGAUUGUUACUUAUUCAGAAUUGUACAAUGUGUGAUUUCAUACAUUAGUAAAAUCAGUAUUCUAUUCAUAUGAUUUCAUAUAUUAAUACCAUAUAUAAUCAGGUUUUAGUAAUCACGUAAUUCUUUAACUCUCAUCCAUAACAAUUUUUUAUUGAUAUUUUCAUUCCCCUCAAAAUAUGAAAAUCAAGAGAUUUGUUGUAAUUACUUCUCUUAUCUUGUACAAUAUAAUAGAUGAGGCUACACGGAUCUUGUAGAAACACUAAGAGAGGUUUAGCAAGAAUGAUAGAUGAUGGGAUGAAGGAGUUUUAAUUUAUAAAUCUUUUUGUCCAAGAAACAAUUUGUUGCAUAGUGAGCCAUUACAGUUUUCACAUAUAGCAAAAGUAUCUGGUAAAUACAUUUAACAUGUAUCUAACUCUCCAAUUUAUGGAUAUUCAAUAGCAUCAUAUUUAUUUACAUACAAAACCUGUUACAUGAAUUUACACAAAAUGUAGUGAAAAAUAUAUGUUCUUGUGUACUUCAGAAACUUGUGAAUCUAGCAGAAGAUACCUUUUAUUAAAUGUUAUGGUGGAAAUAUUUGUUACUGGCAUCUACACAAUUCCAAACAAAAGUAAUUACAAAAAUAAACUUCCGUUAGGUUUAAAAACAUCUAGAACAUCGUGUGUAUUCGUAUUUUAUCAGGUCUCUUAUAAAUGAUUUAGUAUUAUGAACUGAAUGUAUUGACAUUAACUUUAAAUUUAUUAUAUUAACAAUUGUUAGUAGUUUUUCCACUAGUGUCUCACUCUUUAAAAACCAGUUUAACAUGGUGAAGAAAAUAUUUAUUGAUAUAAAAAGACAGUACUCAUAAUUCAAUCAGUGGUGUUUUAAUGAUUUGCAGUUCAAAUUGAUGUGAAGGUUACAUAUAUAUCGAAAUAAUUCCACAGUUAGGGAGAUAACUAAUAGUUCAGUUAAUCAACAGUUUCAAAUAUUAGAUUUAAAUUAGAGAUGUAUAAUAAGAGAGAGAGAGUAGUAGAAACUUGUUUUAUCUACUUGCUGAUGUUUACUAAUGCCCACUUUUCAUGGGUUUAUUCCAUUAUGAGUUAUUUACCUUCAGUUUUGCCCAUUCUGUUUGAAACCACUUAACUUUCACUGGAUUAAGUAAUUUUUUUGUAUGUGUUUGAAUUAUAACUUUUAAAGUAUAGAAAAAAUACAAAAUAUGUAAAGUAAAUACUUUCAUCUCUUCAAAUUUUUUGGGGCAAUAAUAAUUAACCACUUAAAAUUUAUAUUCAUACUAUCUGUAAAUACUCAUCAUUAAAACAGUUCCAGUAAGCUUCACCAGAGUUUAUUGAAAAAUAUCAAAUGUUUUGGUAGUUCAUCUGUUUAGAUUAUAAAAAAAAAGAUGAAAUGAUAAUGUGUUAAUUGUAUCAGAAAAACUAGUUUCAUCACAAGUGAUAAUUGUUAAUAUUUGAAAUUUUCUCAAUACAUUCUACAACAAGUUGAAAUGGUAUAGGAAAUAUGACAGUUGUAACUUUUAUUAAGGUUAACAGUUAUAUUUUUAAUGUUUUUGUAAUAUUUUAUUUGAUGGAAAUAUGCAAGAAAUCGAUGAAGUAGCAUUUAUUUAAAAAUUUUGAACUUUUUCCGUUUUUUGUUACAGAAUAACUAGUAUAGUUAAGGGUUUUUUUUAAAUUAGCUACAAUAUUUCAGAUAAAACUCCAUGUAAAAUUAAUGUGUUGGUUCAAGUAGAUCAUUCUGUAACCUAUUGGUUAGAAUGUAUUUCUUUUUUUUGUUCUCCAAUUAAUAACAAGAAUGUUUAGAAAUACUGAUAGUUGUGUAGCUUAACUUACAGCUACCUCCCUAUCAAGUCUUCUCUUUAAAUUUGUUGUGUGUAUUAGCAAUUACUUUAUCAGUGACCUUAGUAACAGUUGUCAAGUGACUUAAUAAAAAAAACAAAAUUGGCUACUGA